AUGGAGUCAUCAAAACAGUUUGAUUUUAAUGGAUCAGAAUUCUACACGCAGUCAGCAGAAGGGACUCCGAAUGGUGCUCAACCAACCAACCUUUCUCCGUAUUACCCGUUCCCAUUCCCUGGAGGAGCAGGUUCUGUGGCAGGGACAAUGUACGGUACACCACAAGGCGGAUAUGGAAUGUACGCGCCUGGUCCAGGAAGUUCACCUGAAGAAUCAUCCCAAUACACAGAGACGACAACGACGAAAAUCGUGGAAGGGUGUGAAGCAAAAUACAAUCAGAAGGGAAAGAAAAUGAGGAAACCACGAACGAUUUACAACACCGCACAGCUUCAGAUGCUUCAGAAAAAAUUCGACAAAACUCAAUACUUGGCACUUCCGGAUAGAGCCGCGCUGGCUGCCGAAUUGGGAUUAUCACAAACUCAGGUAAAAAUCUGGUUCCAAAACCGGAGAUCGAAACAGAAGAAGUCAAAGGGUGGUACGUCGGACCGUGCAUCAGAUGAGGACGAUGAUACGGAAGAGUCGAAGCCUGAAAGCUCACCGAUGAGCGAUUCGAUGAUGAAUCAGGUGAGCAGUGAACGCCCACUUGGUUCUUCUUCCUCGAUUAAAUCCGAAAUGAAAGAGGAUUAUGGAACGGAUAACUCAAGUCCACCAGUGAAUCACCCAACUCCAAAUGGUCCAAUGAUGCCUGACUGGACGAUUCCAUCUCACAUCCCAACACCUUCAAGCCAACAUCUUCCACCAGUCAGCACGAUUCCAUCAAUGGCUCCAGUUGUUGCAAUUCAUGGAUACGAUAUCAAAUAUGAAGAUAAGCACCAUGUAGUAAAUCCAUAUGAUAUGCCACUGCCGGCUUAUCCUUCUUACUAUUUCCAACCUGCAUAUCAGCAGUACUAA